ACGAAUCUUACAAAUGCUUGCCAAAUUCACGAAAUUGAACGCCAAAAACACAUACCGCGGGAGUGUCCGCGCGAAUUCGAAUACUUUCUGCCUAUUUUUCCAAACUGAACGCUGACCCAUCACUUUUUCAAUAGCAAGAUUGAACAAUCGUGUGCUCUUUGAAUGGUGAUCCAGAUCGUCAUUUCAUUUCGUGCUAAUUUAAAUGAAACUGUCGCCAAUUCGUUUACGAAGAUGAUGAAUUCGGCCGGGAAAACCCAUAAUAUACCCAGCAUGAUCCGCUUGCAGACAUUAAUCAUUGAGAACACCUGCUUCAGUCGAUAAUACCAAGGUGACGUUAUAGAUUCAAAUUUUCUGCAAACGCAUGCGCUUCCAGGUCGAAUUAAAGUUCACCAGAAGACUGGGGUGUCUUAGCUCAUAUCCAAUAUGAGCAGAGAAAUGAAGGUCAAUUUACGCUACAUCAAUAACCUUUUAGCCUGUGUGCUAGAAAAUUACACGGGCCUCGAUCAGCAUCGGCGCGUGCAUAAGCUCACUGUGGCCUUUUUGUACCCAAAUGUGAACACCGCAACUACCAUCACGUUAAACACAGCGUGCAGUUCUCCAGGUCUAACGUGAAAAGUCAGAAGCAUCUCUCCCGAACGUCUGCAGUUUCUUCAAUUCGCUGUCACCAAAUUGCCGCUGCUCGUUUGAAGACAAUCCUGUUUUGGACCGCGGGUUUUGGAAUCAGAUGUUGACCUUUGUCAUUUACCUCUACGUGUAUUUGGGGUGGUCGGAGGUGACAGCUAACGAAUGUUACCUGGGCCAAGUACCAGACCCGUCUCAAGCGGGCGAGCUCCACUGGGCGACGCCGCUGAAUAGGCGCGGAGACCGCUGCUCAUGCACGAGAAUCUCGUCCGGCGGUAUGAUAAGCCCUCAGACGAGUGGACUCCAUGACCCGUUUUACGUCAGCAAGCCAAUGUUUACAGAUGAUCGGCGAGAGAUCGCUGACAUGUUCGACUGCGGAGUGGAGUUCUCCAUUAUUGGUAAGCCAACUGAGCAAAGUUCAACAUACCGCACUAGGACGUCGGCUAGAGCUGUCGACGGUGAUGUCGAUACACAAAGAAAUGGGAACUGUGCACAUACCGGCGGCCCUGAUGCUACAGCAGAAUAUGACCCUUGGUGGAGAGUUGAUCUUGAAGGAGAGCACUGCAUCACACAAGUUAACAUCCUCAACCGUGGCUACUGCUGCAGUGAACGCACCACUCACGCUGUAGUGCGAGCCGGGCCGAGUACCAACAUCACUCUCAACCCGACGUGUGGCUCACCGGUGACAGCAGAGCAAGCAGCGCCACGUGGAGGCCUUAUCGAGAUUCAUUGUGACCCACCACUGAGAGCUCGCUACGUCAGUGUUGAUAUACCAGUUGUUACCAUACUUAACUUUUGUGAGGUGACGGUGAAGGAAAUCCCUUUCGAUAAAUGCCCGUAAAAUGGAUACAGACACAAUCAGAACACGAUAAUAUUCGGUUUUAACAACAGCCUGUUUUUACAGGUUUUCCUGAAAAAAAGUAACACUUGUAUUGAGAGUUAAAGCACUAAUGCUGGCAAACAAUAUUAUUAUCGUCGGAAACAGAGUAUCAAGCUUUCUAAUUAUUUGACGAAAUACCAGGAAUAGUACACAAGUGAGCGCUGUUAGGCCCCUAUUGUAAAAAUGUGAUGCAAAAUUGAAGUUGGGACGCUUUCACGUCGCAUAAGAUCGGAACACUCUGGUUGAGGACAAUUUCGACAUUGGAGAGCACAAAAGAAGCGAAGUUGAAGACUCAGAUUCUUGUUCCUUCAGUUAAUUUUAUCUAUGAAUAAAAUAUUCUCCAAAAUGAGUUUCUGAGUUGCCCGCAUUCUCCAAAGACUUGCCCGUGUCGACAGGCGAGUCCGUGGUCAUGCCUCCUCCAAAAGGAGCCAAAAUUGAUUCAAACAUCAGGGAAGAAUAGAUGGCGAAUUGGGGGUAUAUGACAAUACCCAUUCCCUUUAGGCUUGUGAAAAGCGUAUAAUGGAGCCUGACUCACUGAAAGGGCAUCAAGGAUUACAUUUAAAGAUUCGAUUUUUAUGUCUUACAACAACCCCCAUCCUUGAUUAAAAAGAAUUGGCCUCACAACUUGACUUCGUGGCUUUUAAACCACUCUUGUGAUAUCACCCUAUUCCGUAAAGUGUCAAUGUAUAGAUAACUGUACAUUGUUAAAAAGAAUGUACGGUUUUAAAAAUUCUUCAAAAACUGAUAUAUCAAACUUGACUUGAUAAAAACACAAAAGCACUUGUGACAUUAAAUUACAACGUCAAACACAGUGAGAAACUCCCUAAAAAAUUGUAGAAAAAGGCAAAUUGUUUUAGACGUUCAAUGCGGUUAACACUCAAAUUUUUAGAUGUGACGUGGUAACAUUUUCUGUUAAGAUUAAGGGUGUUCAAUUAAAGCGAACCGCUCCUUACAUUGCAUAUAAUAUGUUUUUAAUGUUUCUCCCUCAUU